GAGACGCACAUCAAAAAGUUUCUAUCACUUUCUGACAGAUCGCUUCAAAAUUGGUCCGCCGUCAGCAGCACAUCGAAGAUGGCGCGGCGCUGCGGACGUGCCACGUCCCGGUUUACCGACACCGCACGACUCCGUGUCGGCGGUCCGGUGAGGAGAUCCACCGUCUUCUUGUGUCUUUGUCUGCUUCUCUCGUCCUCCGCCGACGCGGGACUCUACACGGUUUCGGACCAGAUCCUGGUGCUGACCCCGGAAAACGUGGACGCCGCGUUGGUCAACUCCACGGCCGCGGUCGUGGUGGAGUUUUACGCGUCAUGGUGCGGCCACUGCGUCAACUUUUCUCCCGUUUACAAAAGUCUGGCAAGAGAUAUUAAAGAAUGGAAACCUGCAGUGGAUUUGGCAGCCAUUGACUGUGCUGAAGAGGAGAAUAGAAAGAUCUGCCUUGGCUUUGGCAUCAAGGGAUACCCUACCAUAAAGUUUUUUCAUGCCUAUUCCAAGAGUGAGUCGACUGGACAGGGAUUUAAAGGCUUCCCACGGGAGGUGAGAGGCCUCCGUCAGAGGAUCAUUGACAUAAUGGAGACACACAAGGAGCCGUGGCCUCCAGCCUGCCCCCCACUGGAGCCGACUAGCCAAGCAGAGAUUGACAGCUUCUUCGAGACAAACAACGUUGAACAUCUGGCGCUGAUCUUUGAGGACUCCAACUCUUACGUGGGCCGAGAGGUGACCCUGGAUCUGUUGCAGUAUGAGAACAUUGCCGUGAGGAGAGUCUUGGACACAGAGGAAGGUGUGGUAGCCACAUUUGGAGUGACCGAGUUCCCCUCCUGCUACCUUUACUAUCCCGGGGGCAACUUCACCAGGCUCAGAGUUCAAAAUGAAGCACGUACUUUCUACUCCUACGCCCUCCAGAGGCUACCGGGGGUAGUUCGGUCAGGGAAGCCUAGGCCAGCCACUCUGGACCUUCUCACUAAUAACACAAAGGAGCCCUGGAGAAACUUCAACAGAUCCAGGGUAUAUAUGGCAGAUCUAGAGUCAACACUGCACUACUCUCUGCGUGUGGAGCUUGCUGCACACCCCAUCAUCAAAGGAGAAGCACUGAGCACACUCAAAAGCUACGUCUCUGUCCUGGCUAAGUACUUUCCCGGCCGUCCAGUGGUGAUGAAUCUGUUGAAGUCUGCAGACACGUGGCUGCAGGCCCAGACUGGUGCUGAGGUCUCCUACAGCGGGUUCAGGGACAUGCUGGAUAACACAGCACAGAUGACUGCUGUCAUUGCUAGUGCCCGCAGUGAGGAUCCGUACUUCCCUAAGAUCCAGUGGCCGUCUCCGGACAUGUGCCCCGGAUGCCACGAGGUGAAAAGGACCGGGGAGCACAGCUGGAACCAGCAGCAGGUCCUCUCCUUCCUCCUCUCCUACUUCUCCUCUGACAAACUACUCACAGACUACCUUGAGGAUGACAGUAAGGUGCUGGCCAAACAGAGGGAGAGGCUUGAGGCUCAACAGCAGCAGCUGGAAGCACAAAGACGAGCAGACAGGAAAGCCAGGGAGGCCCUGGACCUUUUAACCCAGCCUCCCCCCUCACAACCCACUGUUGAGGAGGAGGAAGAGGAGGAGGAGGAGGAGGAAGAAGAAGAAGAGGGUGGGCAGGAGGAGCCAGUGGUUGAAAGGCAGGUGGGUGUGGAAGGAGCACCAGCUGCUGAUGAGAUGAGGGUUAAGAUGGACGAGUUGGCUCCCUGGGGCAAACCUGAAAGGGAGACUGGUCGUGGACGACGGCAGGCCCUCAAAAAGCCCAGCAUUGUGGGGAUGAAGCUGCGAGAGCCCCAGGACGACAUCGUGGAUCUAGACUCCUUCGUCAACCAGCACUACAAAGCCAAAGCGCUGCGAGCCGCAGCCGCCGCCUCCAGCCGAGUCAAACCCCGUAGCCUACAGCGGAAGGAGGAGCAGGAGCCUGAGCCUGUUUUCGGCCUGGGGAUGGAACUGGAUGCAGGGAUGGGCAUGUUGGGCCUUCAGCCUGUGGAGCCAGAGUUUGGUCUGGCCAUGGGGCAGCAGAGGCAACGACUGCAGAAGCGAGGACUGACGGGCCAAUACUUUGGUGGCUCUGAAGAGAAUGACCUGAGCUACAAGUUGUACCCCCAGAACCACAGGGGGCACUGGAUGUCAGUGCUGAGCAUUGGCUUCUCCAAAGUGGAUAUUAGCCUGUGUGUGAUCCUUUACGUUUUGUCCUCCAUGUGCCUUCUGGCCAUGUACCUUUUCUUUAAGAACCGCCUCAGGCUGCGCCGGGCCAAAGUGUCCCUGCCUUGAAGCAAGAUGCGGCAGUACCUAAAUAGGGCUCCUGGAAAUGCCCACCACUGUGUUGUAAUGAGUCUCAACAAUGAUUAAGGUUCAAGUAGGUUGAGGUUGGGGUUAGUCUAAGGGGAUGUGUCAAGAUUAGGUUCAUCUUAAGAAUUGCAUUUAAACACUCCCCCGAAGCCAAAUCAGCAACAGAGACCUUUUACCUGAUGUGGGUUUGUGGUCGGGUUCAUCUGAAAGGUGGAAAGGGAGCAUUGGGGAGUUUUGGUUGGAAAUUCAAAAUACAGGUGUGACUAGGUUAACUCUUCCAACUCUUAGCUGACCAUUAGACAUGGAUUCAGGAGGCUCCUCAAUAGAGGUAGUAGACAAAUUACCACAUGCAAGGAAGUCUCCUGCAGUGCUUUCCAAUUUGGGUUUCUAUAUGGGUUGUUGUAAAGAACAAUAAUUGUUCUCUUGGCAUUUUUGACCACUUUGAAAGCUGGAAUCAAUUCAUUGGGGAUAAAUGGAAUUUUUAUGAGGUGUAUGCAACAAACAUUAAAAGUGAAGUUUGUUGCUUUUGUUCCUGUAAGGCUAUGGUCAUUUAUGUUGGAGAUUACUGUGUGAUUUUUUUUUAACUCUCAUAGAAGGUUAUUGAGCUACAGCUGAAACCCAGUUCCCCAUUCACUAUUUGCCUAUGCACUGUGACCAAAAGUUAAGUUUAAUUUGCAGCUCUUAUGUACUUCAGUUUAUAGAAUAAUUGUUUGAAUGACUUGAACUAAAACCUAUACUCAAAUGUGUGAUUCAAAUGUGACUUUUGGCGUGCCUUUACCAUGCAGAAGCUAUCUCUAAAAAUCACUUUUAUGAUGAACUGAUCAAGGAACGUACUGACGCCAUGGCAAGUUACUACUUCGUAAAUUAAUUCAGCCUUUUAAAAACGGUCUCAAACGAAACGUUGUCGUUUUCUGUUCAUUAGGUUAAACCUGUCCGUGAGUCUCCUUUGUUAUCGCUUGUCAAAACCAAUCCCUGGCAUUUAACCAAACGCUUUGUGGUUUCUGUGGAAUCUACUGACAGUUGUAAAAUAACGAGUCGACUGUGACUGGGGAUAAAGGAGUGGUACUGCGUCAGGUCCACGGCAACUUCAUCAGAGAUGAGCAACUGCAGCAAUGGCACGCAAUUGGUCGAUCAGCCGUGGUAACCGCCUCCUCGAGGUGCUUGUUUGUAAGUGUCGCACUACUCUUUGGGAUAUUACAUCACAUUGCUGAGUCUACAUAGGUUUCGCUGAUCACUAUGUUGAUGGAGGGCUGCGGGUGGAACGAGGCAUAUGUUGACACAAGACAAGGAUUUAGAAUAAGCAGGAUUUGGUUUAGGCCGGUGUGCAUGACGUAUAGCUGGUCCCUGCUCUCACUUGUCUCCCAACACUGUUUCUUUUUGCUUGUACAUGCUGAAUCAAUAAAAUUAUUUUUGU